UCAGUGAAUGAUUUUCGCUAGUAAUCAAUCGAAAUAACAGAAGAGAGAAAAAUUAUUGGAUGAAACCAUUUUAAUAAUUUCUACUUGGUUUGUCAGAUAAACAAAAUAAAAAUAUCCGAGUAAAGUGUUUAUGUAUUGUUGAAGUGUAAUUAAAAUAUCUUAAAAGAAAUUUGAUAAAGAAAGUUUCAUAACAUGGAAGCAGUCCCAAUUGCAUCGUCUUUUUUAUCAAUUUUGGGAUUUUAUCCCUUGGUGACAGUAAUCGUCGUUCUAACUAUAAUUUACCACUAUAUGGAAACAUCACGACUUGUUAAAUAUGGAAAAAAACUUCCAGGACCUCCAACUGUUCCGUUUUUUGGAAACGCAUUGCUAGUAAGAAAUAUUCAGCCAAAAGAUGUCCUACCAACUUUGUUAAAGAUGGAUAUUUACGGACCCACUGUUCGUGCUUUCUUAGGAUCGAAGUUAUUCGUAUUUCUCACGGAUCCGCGUGAUGUCGAAAUCAUUCUCAGCAGUCAUGUUCACGUAACCAAAUCUCCGGAAUACAGAUUUUUCAAGCCGUGGUUAGGUGAUGGUUUAUUAAUUAGCAACGGUCAAAAAUGGUACUCUCACAGGAAAAUUAUAGCACCCGCAUUUCAUAUUAGUGUAUUAAAAUCGUUUGUACCAUUAUUUUACGAGAAUAGCUGGACUUUGGUAAAAAGAUUACGAGAUCAAGUUGGCAAAGAGUUUGAUUGUCACGAUUAUUUGUCGGCAAUAACGGUCGAUAUUUUAAUGGAAACCGCUAUGGGUGUUAGAGGAAUUCAAAAGGAGAAGAACAGUUUCGAUUACGCCAUGGCUGUAAUGAAAAUGUGCAAUAUUAUCCAUCUAAGGCAAUACAAGUUGUUGUUAAGAUUCGACACAUACUUCAAUUGGACGAAGUAUGGGAUCGAACAAAAAAAACUUUUGAACAUAAUUCACGGUCUGACAACACGAUUGAUAAAACAAAAAAAAGCAGAAGUUCUGAAUUCACAUCCAAUGGUAUCUACUGAGAUAUCUCAAACUGAUAAAGAAAAAACGGAAAAAAUUAAUAAGAAUAAAGAUGAUAAACCAGAAAAAAAGUAUACGAAAUUGCAUUACGUUAAGGAUGAUCUCGACGAAAUCGAUGAAAAUGAUAUAGGAGAAAAAAGACGUAUGGCUUUCUUGGAUCAGAUGCUCGAGCUCGCGAGAACGGGUACUAAUCUUACCGAAGAAGAAAUUAAAGAAGAAGUCGACACCAUAAUGUUCGAGGGUCACGAUACUACGGCAGCAGGUUCCAGCUUCGUUCUCUGUAUCUUGGGAGCUCAUCAAGAUAUUCAAGAGCAAGUUAUGGAAGAAUUAAAUGAGAUAUUCAAAGGAUCAGAUCGACCAUGCACAUUUCAAGAUACUAUUGAAAUGAAAUAUUUAGAAAGAGUUAUUUUAGAAACCUUGCGACUUUUCCCACCGGUCCCAGCGAUAGCGAGAGUUCUUAACGAAGACGUACAACUAGCCAGCAAUAACAAUAUUUUACCUUCGGGAUGUAGAAUCAUAAUACCGCCUUAUAAAAUUCAUCGCAUGCCAGAAUUUUAUUCAAAUCCGAACAAAUUUAAUCCAGAUAACUUUUUACCAGAAAAAAUGCAACAGAGGCAUUAUUAUUCUUUCAUACCUUUCAGCGCAGGUCCCAGAUCCUGCGUGGGACGUAAGUACGCAUUAUUAAAGCUAAAAGUACUUAUAUCAACAAUUCUAAGAAACUAUAGGAUUCUAGCCGAUGUGUCUGAAGAAGAUUUUCAACUGCAGGUUGAUAUUAUUUUGAAGAGAACUGAUGGUUUCAAAAUAAAAAUCGAGCCACGCCAAAAAGUUGUUCAAUAAAGUUGUACUUAAACUACGAUCGAUAUCGCUCGUAUUAUAAAUUAUUAUUUUUCAGUAAAAUAAUUUUCAAAGGAUGUACUCGAGUUAAUAUUCUUAAUUUAGACUUAGAGUAAGAAUAGCUUAAAAAAUAUAAGAUCAACGCAGACAACAAUUGUAACAUUACAUCAAAGCAAAUAAAAAUGAUAAUUACUA